GACCCCCGACUCCACAAUCUCUUCCCUCUGCCCAAUGGAGGAAGAGCGGAGCGUGGACCUCCCAAAUAAUUUCAGCGAAGAACCUCUCUCUGCCCAAUCCCUAACUCGAAUUAGAGCCUUGAUCAUCAACCCCUCAACCCCCGACUCCACAAUCUCUUCCCUCUUCGAAACCCUAACUCGCUCUCUCGAACUCAAUCGCGACCCAAACCUUCUUCACCACACGCUCAAACUCCUCUCCGACCUCUCCUCCCACCGCAACGCCCUCUCCGGACUCGUACUCGACUCGUUGCGUCGUCACGCGCUGCACUCCGCCGCGUCGACCCGACUCGCCGCCGAGUCUCUCGACGUCGUCGUUUCGAUCGCGGAACGGGGCCCUGCGUUGGCUCCCGCCGCGGACGAGCUCGGCGGCGGCGUUUUCGCCUCGCUAUGCUUCAGCUCCCCCGUGUCCGUACGGCUAUGGCUUCUCAGGAACGCCGAGAGGUUUCGCCUGACGCCGUAUCUGGAAUUCACUGUUUUUCUAGGGUUUACGAAGGAUCCCUAUCCUUGCGUGAGGAAAGUUGCUUUGGACGGACUCGUUCGUCUGUGCAACGCUUGCGUGGUCGAGGAUGAGGAAAUGAUCCGAGGAUGCUAUAGCCAUGCCGUUGCGCUUCUUCGCGACACGGAAUAUAGUGUAAGAUUGGCUGCAGUUCGUACGGUCUGCGCUUGGGGUCUAUGGCUCGCGGCAUCCAACCUCAAGACAAAAUCACAAUGUUCAGAUGAAGUUUUUGUCAUGCUCUGUUCUAUGGCAAGAGACAUGAGCAUGGAGGUCAGGGUUGAAGCUUUUAUUGCCCUUGGGAAAGUAGGAAUGGUAUCUGAGGAUAUUCUUCUGCAAACCCUGUCAAAGAAAGUUCUUGGGAUUAAUAAAGAGAAGAGACUGCUUGGUCAGUGUUGUGGUGAACAUUUUGAAAUUUUAGUAUCAAGUGCUGCUGGAGCUUUAGUUCAUGGACUUGAGGAUGAAUUCUUUGAGGUGCGAAAGUCUGCCUGUCAUUCGUUGUCUCGACUCGUCGUCCUCUCAGCUCAUUUUGCUCUUGAAGCCUUAGACUUACUUAUGGACAUGCUGAAUGAUGAUUCACUGAUUGUGCGAUUACAAGCUUUGGAAACUUUGUAUCAUAUGACAGCCUGUGAUCAUCUGAAAUUGCAAGAUAAGCACAUGCACAUGUUUCUUGGCCCUCUGGCGGACAAAAGUAACUCCAUCAGAUAUGCUGCUAGGAAAGUACUCAAAUUAGUGAAGCUCUCAGUUUUGGAGCUGUUUAUUUUAACAGUUGAUGCUCUUCUAGAAAAUUUGGCGAGAUAUCCAGAGGAUGAAGUUGAUGCAUUCUCAGUUUUUUUUCACAUUGGUCAAAAUCAUGGAAAGUUCGUAUCCUGCAUUAUUGAGGAGAUUACUCGACAGAUAGAGCCAACAUGCGAAGGCAAGUUGGACUUUGAUAAUGUGAGAGUGGGUGCAUUAAUAGUCUUGGCAAUCUCUACUCAAUCCUCGGGUGAGCUUUCUUGCGACAUAUCACCUACAAUAUUUUCGUAUGCAGUCACAAUGCUGGGAAGGAUUGCUGAUGCCCUGAGUGACGUCAUGAGUCAAAGUGCUCUUUUGGCUUUCUUGUCUAAGUGCAGUCAAUCCGCAAGGCUCUCUGCUUUAGAUUUCACAGAAAGCGAGCAUCUCUUUGCUCUAACUAAAGUUGGUAACUUUCGAGAUUACUCUAACAAUAAUGUAACUGAUACUCUUGCAAUGUUUUUGCCGCGAAAGAUAUUUGGGGCCUCUGAAAUUCAGUUUUCUGGAAUCACACAUCCAAGGCAGUACCCGACUUUGCAUUUAGACUACAAGUUGGAAGCACAUGAUGAAGUUAUCAAGUCUCUGAACGCUAUCCUUGCAAGGGUCAAAGAUAUUUGGCCAUUAGUACUAACUGGAAACUUAUAUGAAGUGCUGAGGAUUUUGAGGAAUUGCAAGGAAGAGUUGGCAACAUUCAAUGCGAACAAUUCUACUGGGGUUUUGGCCUUUACACUGCAAUAUCUCCGGGUUAUAAAACUGCUCUCCAAGGUGUGGCAGCACUUUCUGCCCUCAAGAUUUCUUGCCUAUAGGAUGGGAACGUUGGAUAUUUUACUCGCGAAGCUAGACAGGUGGCUUAGAGAAUUGAGGAGUAGGUUUAUAGGAUUGUCCAAGGAGGAGGAGUUGCAUGUCUUGGAGCUGAUGCUUGUGACUUGCACGCUCAGAUUGUCUAAAAUUGAAAUUUGCUGCAAACAUUCUACUCUAAAAAGGCUGUCCAGCACAAUGUUACAGGUGGAGAUUCUCCUUAAAGAAGAAUCUGUGCAGCCUUCUGAGUUUGAAAUUGAAGUUGGAAAAUUAUCAUCCAAAAUUCACACAUCUGUCAGUGGGGGUUCCUGUGGUCCUCAUCUCUUUGAAGGGCUGUCAGAAUUCUUCUGUCUCAAACAGUUUGUGUUUUGUGGAAGACUGGAGCAUGUAGAGGCAGAGCUAGAUGUUCCUCAUAAUGACUCUGAACACCUGCUUUGUUUUGUUCCAGGACUACCUGUUGGCAUAUCAUGCCAGAUUACUCUCCAUAAUAUUUUGAUUGAGAGUAGGUUGUGGCUGAAAAUGACAAUGGACGAUGGUUUAACUCAGUUUAUCUUUCUAGAUUUGAGUCUCUCCGAGGAUCACGAUAGCUAUAGAAGGUUUUCAUUUCUUGCGCCCUUUUAUAAAACUCCAAAUGCAGUGUCUUUUACUCUUAAGUUAUGUAUUGGUAUGGAAAGCCCAUUCGAGGAUGUGCAAAUUGUCAAAGGCAGUUGGGGUCCUAAACGUGAACUAGCAUACCUUUGUGAAGAGAGGGAAGUUUUUCUUUCUUUGCUCACUAAAGGCUGAGUACUUUUUUAUUUAUUUAU